AUGAUGUUAUAUCGACAUGAAGAUGAUAAAAUACGCCGAUAUGAAGAAAGUGAUAAAAUAAUUUUUUCAUACGAUUGGUUAAUUAAAGACUUUAAACAACUUUACAAAAAUGAAAAAAAUAAUGUGGUACUUUUCAACGACUUCAUUUCUCCUCCAUCAACAACGAUGAACACGAUAAAGGAUCCGAAUAUUAAACUUUCUGAUCCUGGUACACUUUGGCGACUUAAGCUUGAACUGUUUAACGAACAAGGUUACCUAUCUUUAUUCAUUUUAUAUUGUCCAAACAGAUUUGACGAUGACAAUGACAUCUACUCUAGACUGGUCAGAAUUGGUUUUGAAUUGUUUAUCAACGAUUCAACUAAUAAGGCGAAUCUGAUUAAAUCCUAUCCGCCGUAUGCACAUUUCAUACGUAAAACCAACGAAAAUCCUUGUUAUGGAAUUCAACAGUUUUGUGGUUCUAAAAUAAUCUUUGAUGACAACUCGAUUCACGAUAUGCACAUAUUGAUCCGAACAAAUUUUUAUUGUCCAAAUUUUGGAAUAACCGGCAUCCCGAUUAUUCAUCCCAAAUUCCUUACUUCAUUUGGAUCGGAGUUUAACAAUGAAGAAUUCUCUGAUAUCAUUUUUUUGUUGGAUUGUCAUAAUCGAAUUCAUGCCUCGAAUUUAAUCCUUGGGUUAAGAUCCGCUUUUUUUAAAAGAUGUUUUAAUAAAAAUCGGAUGCCUCAAACGGUCAAAAUUCAGAACGUUCGAUAUGAACAUUUUAACUUCUUGAUCUACUUUAUUUAUACGGGGAAACUACCUGAAAAUUCGGUUUUAUCAUGGGAUGCUUCAAAAAAUUUGAUCAGGUUGGCAAAUAUGUAUGAAGUGAAAGAGCUGGAAGAAUUUAUAGCAAUGGAGAUGGAAAAGAUGAUAAAUAUUGACGUAUGGGAUGAGAUUCUUCAGAUUUCUUGGAGAAUUGAAAACGAAAAGCUGAAAGCAAGUGUGUUAAAUUAUAUCCGUCAAAACUGGAAUCAUCUUGUGAAAACAAAAAAAAUGACCGAGUUGCUAUCAUGUAAUGAUAGUGACAAGGUAAAUGAAUUGUCAUCUUGCGGUAAUAACGAAAUCAGGGAAAUGAAUAAUAAUAAUGAGAUAGUAAAUGAAUUGUGUUCAGAAACCGGUCGAUUAGAUAUUUAG